AAUCAAUUGAGCUACCAAAUUCCUACUAAUUGUUUCUAUUGUUUCAUUGUCAAAACUUGGAAUUUUUUUGAGCUAGAGAUAUUUUUGUCUAAAUUUUUAUUUUCAUAUUAAAAAGUAAUUUUUUAAGUGAUGGCUAAACUUUGAUUGUUUGCUCAAAUAUUAUUAGCCUCUCUCACCUAGUUUUUACAAAAGAAUUGGGGCCCAAAACCAAUUGAUUGACGCAUUAAUCCACGCUGCCGAUAAAUAUACUCUACACUCUACCAACUCCACCAACUAAAUAAAGAAUAGAAAAAGGAAUCAAAUAUCCUCUAUAAAUAACCAUUAUUUUCUUUAUCUGAAACCUCAACCCUCUCAACAUUUCCUUGCCUUAUUUUCUUUAUCUGAAACCUCAACCCUCUCAAGUACUAUAACUUAAGAAUAUCCCAUGGCUGCUGCUCCUCAACAACCAACUUUAUCUGAAAUAAUAACUACCGACUCGUCAUCGGAAAACAAUGUUACGAUCAAGGAAAAGAUCUACACAAGACUCCGUCUGGCUACGAAAGCUGACCUUCACCAUAUAUACCAACUGUUUUACCAAAACCAUGCAUACCAUAACGACACUCAUCUCUUUAAAGCUACCGAAUCCUCCUUUGGGAACUUGCUCUUUAAAGAAAACCCUCUUCCCCUGUACUACGGGCCAACCAUACUUCUACUCGAAGUCUCACCAACCCCUUUUACCGAAUCCAAGCAUACCACGGACCAAGGGUUCAAGCCCGUCCUUACAAAGUUCGACCUUAAAUUCCCCGUCGUUGAAGGAGAGGCGGAGGAAUUCAGGUCCAAAUAUGAUGACGGCAACGAUAAACAUGAUGUUUUUAUAGCGGGAUAUGCUUUCUUUUACGCGAAUUAUUCGUGCUUCUAUGAUAAACCUGGGUUCCAUUUCGAGGAUCUUUACUUCAGGGAGAGUUAUCGUAAGUUGGGAAUGGGAAGACUGUUGUUUGGAACUGUUGUGUCCAUUGCUGCUAACAAUGGGUUCGUUUCGGUGGAGGGAAUAGUUGCAGUUUGGAAUAAGAAGUCUUAUGAUUUUUACAUAGACAUGGGAGUUGAAAUAUUUGAUGAGUUUAGAUAUGGGAGGUUGUACGGUGAAGCGCUUCAAAAGUAUGCUGAUAAGGAGAAAAGUGAUGGAGGGGGCUAUUAGCUUUUUUUCUAAAAUCUAUAUAUCAUAUAAAACUAGGCAUAAAUAAGGUGAUAUGACACC